AUGUCAGAUGACAUCAAAGAGCAGGUAGUACAGGAAAUAAAAAGUGCUGGAUUAUUCAGUAUUCAACUCAAUGAAUCUACUGACAUCCAGCCCUGCACACAACUCCUGGCUUUUGUAAGGUAUGUUCAUAAGGAUCUGAAGGAAGAAUUCUUAUUUUGUGAACCUCUUGGGCUAUCAACAAAAGAUGGAGCUCCAGCCAUGUUGGGUUCUCAGUCAGGUUUUGUCACAAGUUACAGAAAAAGCACCAAGUACUAUCCCUACUCAUUGUAUGAUCCACAGGCAAGCUCUGGCAUCAAAAACUACCUUCAGAAUUACAGGACACUGAAUAUCUUUAUAAAGACAGAUAACUUUGUAAAAGGGUCUGCUCUUAUCACACGCCUUUUCAAGAAACUGCCAGGAUAUGGAUGCACCUCAUGA